CCUCGGCAGUUUUAUAGCUAGCUGCUCGUCAGUUUUAUUUGGGAAUCGAACGCGACGAGGUCUGGAAAAUGUUUAAAGCGCGAGAAACGGCCGACCAGUGAUUGCAACUCGAUUGAUCCGUCAAUCUGAUCUGGCAAUCGGGCAACGCGAACCGCAGGGCAACCGCAGCAAAUGCCAUCGUGAAUAGAAUCGACCACCCACACAAGCACACAAGACGGGGAUUUGUGGAUUUGGAGUCACCGCAGACACACACACCGACUUUAGGAGCACCACCCGCACACACAAGCACGCAACGCACACCCUACACCACCCGCCACCCCUACAGAGAUGUCACACCUACCUCUGCCGCUUUAUGGCUUCGCGGCCUUCUUCAUGGUCUUCUGGCUGGGCACCUGGAUGGUGCACGUGAUAGCCAUCUGCUACGGCCGCUACAAGCUGCACAAGAAGUCCUGCAAGCUGCCCACGGAGGCCCAGCCACUUCCGGGUGUCUCCAUUCUCAAGCCGCUUAUGGGCGUCGAUCCCAAUUUGCAGCACAACCUGGAGACCUUCUUCACCAUGGACUACCCGCUGUACGAGCUGCUCUUCUGCGUCGAAGACAAGGAGGACCCUGCCAUUCAGCUGGUGGAGCGACUGCUGGCCAAGUACCCGCUGGUGGACGCCACCCUAUUCGUGGGCGGCUCCGACGUGGGCGUUAAUCCCAAGAUCAACAACAUCCAUCCGGGCUACAUGGCCGCAAAGUACGACUUUGUGAUGAUCUCGGACAGUGGCAUCAAGAUGAAGGACGACACGCUGCUGGACAUGGUGCAAAAUAUGUCCGAGAAGCACGCCCUGGUCCACCAGAUGCCCUUUACCUGCGAUCGCGAUGGAUUUGCGGCCACCUUCGAAAAGGUCUUCUUUGGAACGGUGCAGAGCAGAAUCUAUCUAUCGGCGGAUGUGCUGGGCAUCAACUGCCACACGGGCAUGUCCUGUUUGCUGCGCAAGGCAGUCAUUGACCAGCUAGGCGGCCUCAGGGCAUUUGGCUGCUACCUGGCCGAGGACUUCUUUAUCGCGCGGAGUGUGACGCGGCUGGGCUGGAAGAUGCGCAUCUCCAACCAGCCAGCGCUGCAGAACAGCGGCCUCUGCGACAUCGGCAGCUUCCAGGCGCGGCUCAUCCGCUGGGCCAAGCUGCGCGUGGCCAUGGUGCCCACCACCAUUCUGCUGGAGCCGCUCUCCGAGUGCAUGAUACUCGGCGCCAUCGCCGCCUGGUCGGCAUCCGUGCUCUUCAGCUGGGAUCCGCUGGUGUUCUACCUGGUGCACGUGCUCUGCUGGUUCCUCUCCGACUGGCUGCUGCUCUCCAUCGUCCAGCACGGCUCGAUGCCGUUCCACAAGUUCGAGUUCGUCGUCGGCUGGCUGUUCAGGGAGCUGACUGGACCCUAUUUGUUCCUGCACGCUCUCUGGGAUCCGGCGAUCCGCUGGCGCGCCCGCACCUACAAGCUGCACUGGGGCGGCGUGGCCUACGAGCUGAGCAGCCCCACCUCCGAUGCUGCCAACGCCCCACUGGCGCCACAACCAGCUCCAACGUUAGAGCCCGCCACCGCCACCGCAGCCAACGGGGGAUCAACGGGAACGGGGGAGACGCUGAUCUGCACGGGCGCCAAGCAGAGACUGCUGGUGUCGUAGCAGCUACUAGUUAAGUUUGUUAUUUUGUACUUGUGAGCAACCAACUCAGAGGACUGCAAGCGACUGGCGGGCGGCGUCUAGCGUCCAGCGUCUGGUAGUAGUAUUAUUAGCUGAACCUUAGUCACUACGUAAGUCUAGACUUAAAGCUGUGUAAAAAUGAAAGGCGAAUGCGGAGCGGUAUCCACGGAAUCCACGUAAUCCACCUGGACGUAAAGCGCGGCAGGCGGACCUAGAUUAGUUUAGAUACACUGAUUAGAAGACGAGUGGAUCGCUGCGAUCGCUCGCCAGAGAGAAGUAGACGUAGGCGUUCGAGCUGAUCGACCCGUGCGCAGUUUGGUGGCUUCGUUUGGAACUGGUUAACGAUGCUUUCUGUAUAUAUUACGUACACAUAUUUUGUAGCCAGCCUGUACAGACGUUAGCCCUAGUUAGCAUUAUGAUUGCGUUAGUUCUCCCCGCUUCUGUUGUUGCUUUAUUGAAUUGUAAUUAUUUAUUUUUGGCCAAGCACCCUAGUUAUAUUGUUAGCGUUAAGCCUAAACUUAUGAUUACUUUUAGUUGCGUUGUUUGUGUUUUUUGUUUGCCCUUCCCCAGCUUCUGUACAUAAGCGCCGAAAAGCGAAUGCCAUUGAAUAAAUCGAAUCGAAAACGAUCGUGUGAAUGAAGAA